AUGGACGUGAGUCGAUACUUCGGAAACCUCCCGAAGGACUACAAUAAGGCAGUUCACGGGCCGUACUAUCCGUUCCGCUAUUAUGGCAAACGUGAGACCACGGACACUCCGUUGGCGGACGUGAAGGUGGGAGAACUGGUCCAGUGGUUCAAUCGGCGUAACGUCCAUCCGGUGGCUGUGUUUCAGGCAAUGAUGCGCGCCUUCUAUCGGUUUGAGCACCGGUUCGUUAAUCCGCGGUUCGCAUACCCGGGCCGUGGCAUGAAUAUGAAGCUUUGGUCCAUUUCUCUAUUCUUCUUUUUCCUCAAUUACAAGACUCUGCGUACGUAUUGUGACAUCACAGACAAGCCAAGUAUCACUAGUGUGGCCGCAGUGGUGGUGGACAUGGAGUACGGCAUCAGACAAUACCACCACUACUUCUACUACUUUAUCCAAUAUUAGUUAUUUGUUAUGAUUUUAGUCGAAAUUAAUUGAUAUUAAAAUUUGCGAAGUCUUAGCGUUUUAGACACCGAUUUGUGUCUAAAAUAAUACACGAAUUUGUGUUUAAGAAGAUAAAUUAGAUUUUAAUUUAAUUAAAACAGAUUUUAAAAUUUAAAUAAAAUGAGAUUAAUUUA